CUCUCUUCCUACCCCACUCUCAAAAAAAAAAAUUAAAAAAAACUCUCCCUUGCUUUUGCCUUUAUCACCUCAAAAUCUACAAUCCCACCUCUUAACAAAAUCCAUGGCACCAUCAUCUAAUGUGGUGCAGAUGAGAAUACACACACUACACGCACUACUACUCAUCAGCAGUAGUUUAGUCAUCCAUGUGGCAGCAGCAACAUGGUGUGUAGCCAGAAGUGAUGCAAGUGAUCAAGCUUUGCAAACAGCACUGGACUAUGCUUGCAGUGCUGGUGCAGAUUGUGCACCUCUUCAAUCAACUGGGCUGUGUUAUCUUCCCAACACUCUCAUUGCUCAUGCUUCUUAUGCCUUCAAUAGUUAUUACCAGCGCAAGGCCAUGGCUCCAGGAUCCUGUAGCUUUGCUGGCACCUCCACCAUAGCCAAAACUGAUCCAAGCUAUGGAUCUUGCGUUUAUCCAUCAUCUCCGAGAGUAGCAGAAUAGGCAAAGAGAAAUGGAGGCAAAAUGGAGAUGGUGUGGAUUCAAACUUCAGAAUUGGGGCUAUAUAUAGAUGUUUUGUGGCCAUCCAACGACCGUAAAAGCUUUUGAUCAAUGGCUCACUUUUUUUCUUUUUUUUUCCCAAACGACAUUUUCAUGAAUAUUGAGGGGAUUUAGCCAUUGAUCAACAAUUAGAUUCCUUGGAUUAAAAAAAAAAAGAAAAAUAUAUGCGGUGACUCUAAUAGUUAAAAAAAACUUUGUGUGCUGAAACUUACUUGUUUUUUUUUUUUUUUAAAUUAAUCUUGCUUUUAGUCGCCGAAUCUAAUUACAUGGGAUGACACGAUUUUUUAAAAAUAUCAUUGAGGACAUUUUAAAAAAUUACAAAAAAAAAUGUCAUUGCAUUUAUCAAAUGUGGCAAUAUUAAAAGAGAAAAUUUUUCCACAUAACCCCACCUUUGUGAUAAUCUUUUUUCAGCAUUAUUUCUAGAAAUUUGCCACCAUUUAGUGAAAUUGGGCUUUGGCGCUAAAAU